AUGAGGCGGGAAGCUGUGCAGAAAGCAGCGGCGUUUGGUCUGAAGUGUGGAAGGAAGGGACGGGGAGACCGGGCUGUGUUCCAGCGGGACGACUCAGCAGGGGUAGAUGAGGAAGAGGACAGCCCCGGAGCCGGGGUGCGGCCUUCCUGGGAGCUGCGGGAAGCAAGGAGUAAGACGACCCCGGCUGGAGCAGGUGCCCUGGGAAGCAAGGAGAGAGCAAGAGCACCCCCACCCCUGCAGGAGAACAGGAGCACCUCCACCCCUGCAGAAGAACAGGAGCACCCCACCCCUGCAGAACAGGAGCACCUCACCCCUGCAGAACAGGAGCACCCCACCCCUGCAGGAGAGCAGGAGCACCCCCACCCCUGCAGAACAGGAGCACCCCACCCCUGCAGGACAGGUGCACCCCCACCCCUGCAGGACAGGAGCACCUCCACCCCUGCAGGACAGGAGCACCCCCACCCCUGCAGAACAGGAGCACCCCCACCCCUGCAGAACAGGAGCACCCCCACCCCUGCAGAACAGGAGCACCCCACCCCUGCAGAACAGGAGCACCUCCACCCCUGCAGGAGAGCAGGAGCACCUCCACCCCUGCAGAACAGGAGCACCUCCACCCCUGCAGGAGAACAGGAGCACCCCCACCCCUGCAGGACAGGAGCACCCCCACCCCUGCAGAACAGGAGCACCCCACCCCUGCAGAACAGGAGCACCUCCACCCCUGCAGGACAGGAGCACCCCACCCCUGCAGGAGAACAGGAGCACCCUCACCCCUGCAGAACAGGAGCACCCCCACCCCUGCAGGACAGGAGCACCCCCACCCCUGCAGAACAGGAGCACCCCCACCCCUGCAGAACAGGAGCACCCCCACCCCUGCAGAACAGGAGCACCUCCACCCCUGCAGAACAGGAGCACCCCCACCCCUGCAGGAGAACAGGGACACCCCCACCCCUGCAGAACAGGAGCACCCCCACCCCUGCAGAACAGGAGCACCCCACCCCUGCAGAACAGGAGCACCUCCACCCCUGCAGGAGAGCAGGAGCACCUCCACCCCUGCAGAACAGGAGCACCUCCACCCCUGCAGGAGAACAGGAGCACCCCCACCCCUGCAGGACAGGAGCACCCCCACCCCUGCAGAACAGGAGCACCCCACCCCUGCAGAACAGGAGCACCUCCACCCCUGCAGGACAGGAGCACCCCACCCCUGCAGGAGAACAGGAGCACCCUCACCCCUGCAGAACAGGAGCACCCCCACCCCUGCAGGACAGGAGCACCCCCACCCCUGCAGAACAGGAGCACCCCCACCCCUGCAGAACAGGAGCACCCCCACCCCUGCAGAACAGGAGCACCUCCACCCCUGCAGAACAGGAGCACCCCCACCCCUGCAGGAGAACAGGGACACCCCCACCCCUGCAGAACAGGAGCACCCCCACCCCUGCAGAACAGGAGCACCCCACCCCUGCAGAACAGGAGCACCUCCACCCCUGCAGGAGAGCAGGAGCACCUCCACCCCUGCAGAACAGGAGCACCUCCACCCCUGCAGGAGAACAGGAGCACCCCCACCCCUGCAGGACAGGAGCACCCCCACCCCUGCAGAACAGGAGCACCCCACCCCUGCAGAACAGGAGCACCUCCACCCCUGCAGGACAGGAGCACCCCACCCCUGCAGGAGAACAGGAGCACCCUCACCCCUGCAGAACAGGAGCACCCCCACCCCUGCAGGACAGGAGCACCCCCACCCCUGCAGAACAGGAGCACCCCCACCCCUGCAGAACAGGAGCACCCCCACCCCUGCAGAACAGGAGCACCUCCACCCCUGCAGAACAGGAGCACCCCCACCCCUGCAGGAGAACAGGGACACCCCCACCCCUGCAGAACAGGAGCACCCCCACCCCUGCAGAACAGGAGCACCCCCACCCCUGCAGAACAGGAGCACCCCCAACCCUGCAGGACAGGAGCACCCCACCCCUGCAGGACAGGAGCACCCCCACCCCUGCAGGAGAACAGGAGCACCCCCACCCCUGGAAGGCCGGGCACCGUCAGUCUGUCUAA